AUGGUGCCGAAACCAUCCUCUCCCCCGACCACAAACAGCUGCUCCUCCACUACCUGGAUGCCAAAGUUGCUGCGGCAGUUGAACAUGGAGGGCACUCUGCACCACCUGUUGGUGUUUGGGUUGAAGGCCUCCGCCGUGCAAAGACGAGCCACGGCGCCCAGGCCGCUUCGGCAGGACGUCAUCGGGAAGAUCCGGGUCCACAGUGUUCAAGAGCACUCCCUGCUUGCCGCCACCCACUACGUACACGAAGCCGGCCAGGACGGCGGCACCGUGAUGAGAGAGCGAGGCGCCGGUGCCCAGAUCGGCCCAGAGGUCGGACCGGACGUCGUACAGCUCAAAGCUGCCGGCCUCGGUGGCGCCGCUCUCCCCUCCGGUGACCAGCAGAUUCACGGGGGGCAGGCGGGGGCGGCUCAUCGGGCUGCUGGAGGCACAACCGUUUUUGAGCUUUUUGCUGUGGAAAUCUAUAACCGCCAGCUGAUGCUCGGAGAGGUCCAGGAACUCCUGCGAGAUGGAGACCACCUCCUCGAAGUUGUGCAGAAUGUACAUGAACACCCUGUGCCUGAAUUCCGGACAGUGGUAGAAGUUGACAAGCUUCCAGACGCUGAUGCAGUUCCUCAGACUUAUCCGGUCCUCCAGGAAGAGGCAGCAGGCCUGAAUCAUCCCGGGGACCAAGAACUGGUCGGCCGCCUCCAAAACGUCCACCACGUUAUCUUCUGUCACGACAACAGCGUGGGUGUAGGCGAAGUUGAUGAUGAGGUGCAUCAUCUCCGGCAACACCCCGGGGAUAGUGCGCCCGUGAAGAGUGUGCUGAGGGAUCAAGAUUUUGAGCCAUGA